AUCUCAGAUUUUAGCUCUCUCUCUCUCGCUCGCUUUGGCUUCGUCUCUCUCUCUAAAAAGCCUUCUCCCCCUCUCUCUCAUUUUUUUUCUCACUCUGGAAGAGAAUUACGAAGGGGUUUCUAGGGUUUCGUACGGCACGCCCAACGGCUCUUCUGCUCGAGAUCCAGGUUUUGAAUUGGAUUCUUGCGAAGGAUUUCUAGGGUUUUCAAUUGAAGCAUUCUUUUAAUCGUCGCGAUCAGAUUUGUUUAGCUUCUUUCUCGGGGUAUCUCCGUCGAUCUAGGGUUUUCUCUGUGCGGUUUAUGCUCGACUCGGCUUAGGAUUCGUUCGUGUAUAUCUUUCUAACACUUAUUUGCGUCGUUGAAUAUAUAAUUGCCUUUGUUGUGAGGAGUUUUCGACCUGUAGCAACAAAGGAGUUUUCUUUUGAGUUUCUUGAGCGACACAAAAAUACGAACUUUUUAGGGGCGUGAUCGUUUUACGGUCUUUGGGACUUGCGGGGUUUGCAUUGUUUGAACUGAAUCAGUGAAUGUGUUGGAACUAGGGUUUUUAAUAUUUUUUUGGAUAUUUGAUUAUGCUUCUGUUUGUUUGUCAAAAUUGAGAGAAAUUAUUGAAUGAUUGUGGAGAUUUUGAAGUCGUGCUGCUGGAUGUCAAAUUGGACUUUAUUGUGAGGGAAAAUUUUAAAUUUGACUCUCAAUAUUGUGGGGAAGAAGGAAACGGCCGAUGCUGAUGGGAUGCAAUGAAAAAAGAAAAAUAAAGAAUUAAGCGUGAUAAAAGAUUUGAAAUUAACUAUACUCUAACGUGAAGGAUAUAUACUGGCAUGAAUUUAUGUUUUUUCCAAUCUGGGUGUCUGAAGUUUGAGGUCAGGGUAUAAAUCUAAUUGUCAGAAGUUGACAUGUGCAGAUAUUGGGGGUUGAUCUUAUGGCACCAACUGUUCCCAUAGAGUACACUGGGCAGAAGGAGUCAAGAAAGUGUUCACUAUCACAAAUGAUGGGGAAAACACGGAAAUUCUCUAAGGGACAUUUGUCCUCUGGAUUUGUUCCGGAUUACCGUCAUGCUGUGGAGACAAUGGGGGAAUCGGAAGGGUUUGGGAGUUCUGGACGAGUUGAAACGGAGAUGACUGCGUCUGAGGAUUCCUGUGCCCCUAAAAGGAAGUGCAUUAGUUUGAAUGCAGAUGGAUGUGAUAAUUUUGGUGUCCCCUUACAAGUUCUGUCAUUCUCAAAGAUGUCACGGUCUGAACGAAGGGAUUUAGAUUUGAGGUUGAGAACAGAGCUUGAACAGGUUCGGGUCCUUCAGAAGAGAGUUGCUUCGUUGAGCUCAAAUGCUGUGGCUUUAUCGCCCUCGGGUGAUAUUCGUAGUUGCAGCAAUGGAAAAAAGAGGCCUUCUCAAGAGAGUUUCCAAAGGCCAUCUGAAGCAAAUACACAAGAGAAGAAACGUGGUCCACCGGCACGUAAUGGUCCCAGCACAAAGCGCGGUGUAGCUGGGCGGCUUGAUUCAGUGAAGCAGGCUGCAUCAGUUACAUCUUCAAAUCCUAUGUUGAUGAAACAAUGUGAGACAUUGCUAAAUCGCCUGAUGUCACAUCAGUAUGGCUGGGUUUUCAACACUCCUGUUGAUAUAGUGAAGUUAAACAUUCCUGAUUACUUUACUGUCAUUAAGCAUCCUAUGGAUUUGGGCACUGUGAAAAGCAAGAUUGCCUCAGGUCGAUAUUCAAGUCCAACAGAGUUCGCUGCAGAUGUGAGGCUUACUUUUUCAAAUGCAUUGACUUAUAAUCCACCUGGUAAUGACGUCCACUUAAUGGCUGAGACGCUUAGUAAGUUCUUUGAAGUUAGGUGGAAACCCAUAGAGAAAAAGCUUCCUGUAACUGGUGGUGUAGAGUUGGUGCCUUCAACUUCAGUUGUUGACUUAGAAACUGAAUCUGCUGCACCACCCCUGAAAAAGAAGAAAACCACGCCAUCAGACCAUAAAGUCAAGCCCGAGCCUCUUAAAAGGGUCAUUACUGAUGAGGAGAAGCAUGCUUUAAGCACGGAGCUGGAAGCUUUGCUGGGAGAAUUGCCGGAUAGCAUUGUUGAUUUCUUAAAGGAGCAUAGUUUCAGCGAAAGCCAAACAGGUGAAGAUGAGAUUGAGAUUGACAUUGAUGCUCUUAGUGAUGAUACCUUGUUAGCUUUACGGAAGCUUUUAGAUGAUUAUUUGCUGGAGAAACAGAAGAAGCAGGAGAAAGUUGAACCUUGUGAAAUGGAGGUUCUUAACGAGUCUGGAUUUAGCAACUCUUCAAUGCAACCAUGCAAAGGCAAUGACCCUGUUGACGAGGAUGUAGAUAUUGGUGGCAAUGAUCCUCCUGUUUCGGGCUACCCUCCAGUGGAGAUAGAAAAAGACACAGCUCUUAGGAACAGUAAAUAUAGUAGUUCAAGUAGCUCCAGCAGCGAAUCAGGUUCUUCAUCUAGUGACUCAGACUCGGCCAGUAGUUCAGGGAGUGAGUCUGAUGAUGCUGAAGCUUCUGCCCCUGCACAUACUGCAAAGGAAAUCUUAGGUUCUGGAGCAAAUGCAAAUGAGAAAAGAAGCGGCUUAGCUGAUAUGGACACUGAAAAUCAAUCUUUAAAUGGGUUAGACGAAGUUGAGCAGAAUUCUCAGUCCAAGCCGGUUUCGACUGGCACGGAUGACCGUCAAGAUGGGGAGAGUGCUCCAUCUGAGAGGCAAGUCUCCCCCGAAAAGCUCUACCGUGCAGCUUUAUUAAGGAGCCGUUUUGCUGACACCAUUCUCAAAGCACGGGAGAAGACCCUUGAAAAGGUCGAGAAGUUGGAUCCAGAGAAAUUAAGGCUUGAAAGGGAGGAGCUUGAGAGGCAGCAAAAAGAAGAAAAAGCUCGGUUACAAGCUGAAGCCAAGGCUGCAGAAGAGGCUCGAAGGAAAGCUGAAGCAGAAGCUGUGGCGGAGGCCAAAAGGAAGCGGGAACUGGAGAGAGAAGCAGCACGACAGGCACUGCUAAAGAUGGAAAAGACUGUUGAUAUUAAUGAGAAUUCUCAGUUCAUGGAAGAUUUAGAAAUGCUGAGGGCUGCACCUGACGAACAGUUGUCGACCUUCAGAGAUGCAACGAGCCCGGAUCACUCCUUAAAUUGUUUGGGAAGUUUCAAAUUUGAAGGAAAUGGUAACCCCUUGGAGCAACUUGGAUUAUACAUGAAGGCUGAUGACGAGGAGGAGGAAGAAGGGGAGCCCCAAAAUGUUCCAGGCCCAGUAAAUGAUGUUGAGGAAGGAGAAAUUGAUUGAUUGGGUUCGUUUUUCACUAUACCGAUGCUUCUCUUGAGUGACUAUGAGGACUGUUGGCUUACCCAUUUCCGCCCCAUUUUAUUUAAUCGGGGCACGAUGCCAUCCCGUCUCUUGUUUGACCAAGCUUCGAAGUCCUUGGAAAGGGGAAACAAGGGAGAGAUUGGGUUAGAAAGGCAACCAUUGAUGGGCAGGAAGGUUGUGUUCUUUGUAUUGGUUUGGGUCUUUGGGAUCACUUUUGGUUAAGGAAGAGUUGGGUUUCAGAAGGCUGAACACUAAAAUGCUCUAUUGAAGCUAUAUAGGUAGGGGGAUAGAGGUAGAAUUUAUGACGAUAGAGAAGGGAUUUGCUAUUGUGGGUUUCUGACAGUAGAGACAUGUACCAAUCAUAUUUUUAUUUUUUGAUGUAAAAAGAGAGAUUCAUAUUUGUAGCCUAGGGCAUUUAGGAACUGCUUGAUAUUGAGAGUUAUCUUAAGAGGAAUUUUGUUGGAGGCCAACUAUA